UUAAGUGGCCAGGCUGAGACUGCAGCCGAGGGGCUCUAUCCCCCCUCGUGCUGUCCCACCUCGUGGGACAGGAACUUCCUGGAGACCGCCAGACUUUAUAGAGUCUUGGGGAGGGGGCCGGAAAUAGUUCAGAAAGAACUAGAAAAGCAAGUAGGCGCUCACUGAGCCUCCCUUCUCGUCCCCUGGGACCGUGCCCUCAAGAAAACGAAAUGAAUAUACAGAUGGGCGAGGCUGCGACCCACCCCGCCCAGCUUAAAGGAAACGGGACGCCUCAGAAAUACGACCCCACCUUCAAGGGACCCAUUUACAACAGGGGCUGCACAGAUGUCAUUUGCUGUGUGUUCCUCUUCCUGGCCAUCGUAGGCUACGUGGCCGUGGGCAUCAUAGCCUGGACCCAUGGAGACCCCCGGAAGGUGAUCUACCCCACGGAUAGCCGGGGCGAGUUCUGUGGGCAGAAGGGAACAAAAAAUGCGGACAAACCGUUCUUGUUUUACUUCAACAUCGCGAUGUGUGUUAGCCCCCUGGUCCUGCUGGAAUUUCAGUGUCCCACUCCUCAGAUCUGCGUGCAGCAGUGCCCAGACCGCUUCCUCACCUUCCUGAAUGCGCACAGCUCCCGAGAGCCUCGUGACUUUGAGUAUUACAAGCAGUUCUGCAUGCCCGGCUUCCGGAGCGGAAAAAGUGUGGCUGAGGUGCUUCGAGAUGGGGAGUGUCCAGCGGUUAUCAUCCCCAGCAAACCUUUCGCCCGGCGGUGCUUCCCUGCCAUCCAUGCCAGCAAAGGGGUCAUCAUGGUGGGCAAUGAGACAACCUACGAGGAUGGACACGGCACCAGGAAGAACAUCACAGACCUAGUGGAGGGCGCCAAGAAUGCCAACAGGGUUCUAGAGGCCCGACAGCUCGCCAUGCGGAUUUUUGAAGAUUUCACUGUAUCUUGGUACUGGAUUGUCAUAGGUUUGGUCAUUGCCAUGGUGCUGAGUCUCCUGUUCAUCAUCUUGCUGCGAUACCUGGCAGGCAUUAUGGUCUGGGUGAUGAUUGUCAUGGUGAUCCUGGUACUUGGCUAUGGCAUAUUUCACUGCUACAUGGAGUACUCUAGGCUGAGGGGAGAGGCAGGCGCUGACAUCUCCCUGGUGGACCUUGGCUUCCAGACAGACUUCCGAGUGUAUCUGCACUUGCGGCAGACCUGGAUGGCUUUCAUGAUCAUUUUAAGCAUCCUGGAAGCCGUCAUCAUCCUGUUACUCAUCUUUCUUCGCAAAAGGAUAUUGAUCGCCAUAGCCCUCAUCAAAGAAGCCAGCAGGGCUGUGGGACAUGUCAUGUGCUCUCUGCUCUACCCGCUGGUGACUUUCUUCCUCCUGUGUCUCUGCAUCGCCUACUGGUGCACCACCGCUGUCUUCCUGUCUACCUCUAAUGAAGCCGUGUACAAGGUUUUUGAUGACACACCCUGCCCGCUUUUGAGGAACACCUGCAACCCAGAGACCUUCCCCUCAGCGAAUGAGAGUCGCCUGUGUCCCAAUGCCCGCUGCCAGUUUGCCUUCUAUGGUGGUGAGUCGGCCUACCACCGUUCCCUGCUGGGCCUGCAGAUCUUCAAUGCCUUCAUGUUCUUCUGGCUCUCCAAUUUCGUGCUGGCACUGGGCCAGGUGACAUUGGCUGGAGCCUUUGCCUCCUAUUACUGGGCUAUUCGAAAGCCUGAUGACAUGCCUGCCUUCCCCCUCUUCUCUGCUUUUGGCCGAGCGCUCAGGUACCACACGGGGUCCCUGGCCUUCGGCUCCCUUAUCUUGGCCAUUGUGCAGAUCAUCCGGGUGAUUCUGGAGUACCUGGACCAGCGCCUAAAAGCUGCGCAGAACAAGUUUGCCAAGUUCCUCAUGGUCUGUCUCAAGUGCUGCUUCUGGUGCCUGGAGAAGUUUAUCAGAUUCCUCAAUAGGAAUGCCUACAUCAUGAUUGCCAUCUAUGGUACCAACUUUUGCACCUCGGCCAGGAACGCCUUCUUCCUGCUCAUGAGAAAUAUCAUCAGGGUGGCCGUCCUGGACAAAGUUACAGACUUCCUCUUCCUGUUGGGCAAACUUCUGAUUGUGGGUAGUGUGGGCAUCCUGGCCUUUUUCUUCUUCACCCAUCGGAUCAGAAUCGUGCAAGAUUCGGCCCCACCUCUCAAUUAUUACUGGGUCCCCAUACUGACAGUGAUCAUCGGCUCCUAUUUGAUCGCACAUGGCUUCUUCAGCGUCUAUGGCAUGUGUGUGGACACGCUGUUCCUCUGUUUCUGUGAGGACCUUGAGAGGAAUGACGGCUCUCAGGAGCGACCCUACUUCAUGUCGCCCGAGCUGAGAGACAUCCUUUUGAAGGGGAAUUCGCAGGCGGGCGAGCAGGAGGAAGUUGAGGAGAAGUAGAAAUGGAGGAUCUCGAGAGAAAUGACGGCUCAGCUGAGAGGCCUUACUUCAUGUCUUCCACUCUCAAGAAACUCUUGAAUAAAACCAACAAGAAGGUAGCAGAAUCUUAAAGCCGCCUGCCUCCUGCCCCUCUCAGGAAGCUGUGAUCGGGUGCUUGCUGUGCGGUGGGGUCAGAAUCCCCAGCUCAGCGGACUUGCCUAACGGCACAUCACUGCCUCUCUGCCACCCUCCCUGAGUUCCCAUCUCCAGGGACCUACAAGAUUUGGGGCAUCUCUUUCCUAUGCCAAAGGGCACUUGGGAGUUUUCCGUGCAGCCCUGGAAGCUGGGACAGAAUGGGUCUCUCCAGUCCUCACUGGCUCCGACGGUGCCAAUUUGGUGAAGUAACUUGAAGUCAAGGGUAGGAGGUGACCCAAGGAUGUCUACAGCAAGCUUCUUAGUACUUCCUAUACCCCCUCCAGCCAAGAGGAAAAGACUGGAGGAGAGACCCUCUGCAGAUGGGCUCAGUGAACCCCAGCUCCAAGCUCCCCUGCCUGCUCCAGCCAGGACAGAAUUGGAUCUUUGUGGCAGACUCAGCCCAAGAGCCAACAACUACGUUCUGGCUCUUACUGCGUUUUAACCUGGACAUGCAGUGAGCGGUCUAUCUGCUUUGUUCAGUCAGGCUCCACAGCUGCAUGGAGCCGCUGAGAGUGCCUUCAUCUGUUACCCCACCUCCAGCCUGGGCUGGCUGGGGUCGCAGGAAGGAGUGUGCAUGGGAGGAGCCUUCUGGAAGAAGCAGGGCCCUGUGCGAGGAGUGAGAAUGGCAGUGGUUGGGAGUGGCUGUGGGGAACAGGCCUCUCUGGUUAGAUCCUGCAGCGUGGCUUUGGCUGUUGGCUUCUUAAUGGAAAACUUGAGGCUUCCCGUCCAAGCUGGAAAAUGAAUGAGAACAGGGCCUGCCUCCCCGCCCCUUUCUCUGCCAGUAAUCCACACUGCUGUCUUUGUAAGAGGAAAGAAACUUAAGUUCACUCAAGGGAUGGUUUCAGGGGAUGAGGUGUGGGUGUGUUAUGGAUUCCAAGCUAACUAGGCCUGUCCUGUUCUGUCACCUGACACGCUAGAGAAUCUCUUUGCCAAACGUUCUGAACUUGGGAGCCGAUAGACUGGCUCCUCACUUUACCUGUCAAGCUAAGACCCUCCCCUCAGUCCUCCUUUGCCUACCAGGAAGAUACCAGGAUCUUGAAAACUGAGGCUACCAACGUGGGGUCCAUGGUUUCCCGUGUCUGCCCUGUGUGUGCCACCCCGCCCCACCCUCCUCUCGUACGCCCAGCCCCAUGCUUACAUAAUUGCAUUCCAACCGUUUAAUAAAGUGCCUCUUGUACAGA